GUCAUUCUCAUAAUUUUUUUUGGGUACGGUGGGUUCUACUUUGGAUAAAAAGCCUUUUUGUAUUUCCAAAUACAUUGUCAUAUAAAUUAAAAAAGAAAUGGCUGCCAUCAGAUCUAUGUCUCGUCUUCUUCUUAAUAGAUCACUUCAAACUACUGCAAGGAGGACCUAUGCAGACCAAAUGAAUUUCACCUUUGCCGCUGGAAAUCAGGUUUACUAUACUGCAACUUCAGUUAAACAGGUCGAUGUACCAUCUUUCUCUGGUAGCUUUGGUAUCCUUCCUGCCCACGUACCCACACUGGCUGUGUUAAAACCUGGAGUUGUCACUGUUUACGAAGAUGAUGGUAAAGUUAAGAAAAUCUUCGUUUCCAGUGGUACUGUCACCAUAAAUGAUGAUUCAUCAGUACAGAUUCUUGCUGAAGAAGCCCACCCAGUAGAAAACAUUGAUGUCAAUGCAGCAAGAGAUAUCCUUACCAAAGCCCAGAGCCAGUUAUCAUCUGCAAGUACAGAUGAGGCGAAAGCUGAAGCCUCCAUUGCCAUUGAAGUAGGAGAAGCUUUAGUCAAAGCGGCUGAAUAAUAAUUUAAUUUUUGUAAUUUUAUGUAAAUUUAAUAAAUUAGUGUCUCAAAGGUACUGUUCAUUUUAAAACAACAAAAAACUAGAUCUACUUCUCUAUGAGUUGAAAUUUUUACAAAAACGAGAAUGAAUCCAAAUACAUAAUUUUUGUUUACCAU